ACUUUGUAGUUUAUUGCGCGUCAGGCGGUAUGAAUCCCGAUCCCAGCGAGCAAUCACCGAAAUACUGCGACUACUUCAAGCAUCUUCUUGUCGAGGAGAUUGCACUGGUGCCCGAUUAUAGACAGCUUCAUUACGGAAAGUGUGCAGUAAGCGGCGUUUUGGGCAUAGAAACGGAUGGUUUCAAAUUACAAAACUUGCGUUUAGUACACCUGCCCUGCGAGAAUACCUUGCCUGCUGAAACGCUUUCUGUCCGCCUGCUUAACAUCAAUUACGAAAUCGUCAACUCGGAGAAAUUGGCCGACGGAUCUCCUUGCAUUGUUCGGGGUGAGGUUGUGCUUUGCAAUGUGCUGGGUCCCGGCGCUUUGAUGACCGCACGUGGCAUCCACGAAUUGUAUUUGGAAAGCGAAACAGAGCGUGACAAAUUGAUGAAUUACUUGGAAAAAACGUACAAGCCGGCCAUCAACGUGUGGUUCAUAAAACGUAUAAACCAAGCAGUUGACUUAACUGAACGCAAGCUUGAGAUUAGACUGCUAUGUGACGAAAAAGACUGUAGUUAAAAUAUCUCAUGAUAUGAACACGCAUUUUU